ACCUUUCCUUUUGAUUGUUACGAGAUUCACAAUAGUGGACAAAACAAUACAGGCCUUUAUUAUAUAUGCCCUGCAAACAAAAGCCAAGAAUCGGAUGCAAUUCAAGUUCUGUGUGACAUGGAUGCAUAUGGAGGGGGAUGGACAGUCAUUCAGCACAGGAAUCGGGGAUACACAGCGGUAAAUUUCAACACCACUUGGAAUGAAUACAAACGAGGAUUUGGUAAUGUUGGAGGGAACUACUGGCUGGGAAACGACGCCAUUCAUAGAUUGACCACAAAAUACAACAACUCACUGUACAUCAGAUUGAGAAAUACACAAAAUGUUUCAUUUGAAGUUCAAUAUUCUGUUUUUUCUAUCUCCAAUGAAACUGACGGCUACAGACUCUCCUUAGGGGAAAAAACAGGAACCAUUGGUGAUGCAUUUAGAUCGCAUUUGAUCAUCAGCUAUCCCUUUUACACAUUCGACAAUGACAACUCUUGCGGGUGUGCUUUUUCUCGAAAAUCUGGAUGGUGGUAUCAGUGUUGUAAUCUCGUGAAUCUAAAUGCUCCUUUUUUUGAACAACAUGUUGAUCCUGUAUGGAAUGGAUAUAUUUCGAGUGGCAAUAAUCUUUUCCUUUCGCAGAUGUUGAUCAGAAGAAAAUUGUAAAAAAAAAAUUAAUUACGAAAGCAAUCCGAGAAUUACCUAAAGAAAUAGACAUACCUGUAGAAUGUUUUUACUUCUUUUUCUAUUUAUUCAUUCACAUUCAUGUCAUAUAAUUACAAAUAUACAUGUACAGAUAUUCAUAUGAAAGUCAUUGG